GAAGUUACACGCGCAGACAUCCUGCAGGACACUCUCCUGCUUUUGACACAUAAAUAUAUAUUUAAAAAAAGAUCAACAACAAACAAUCUCGACACUGCUUUCUUUUCUCUUCGUGCAUGUGAAGCGACAGGAGAUCAGAUGUGUUUGAGUGGCACGAGUCGACAUCAGGUCUGUUGUUCUGCUCUCAUUGGAUUAAAUGUUUGGUUUGCUGCUGAUGGUCUUUGCUGCUGCUGCUGCUGCUGUCCGCCCUGCAGCCUCCAAUCCAACACCAAUGACUAAUGUGGCUCCUGAAUACACGCCCGGAUCCAAGUGAAAACCCGCUUCUUCCGUUUGAGACCCUCAAGUCGUCAUGAUGACUCGGAUUUUCUGGGAUACUUUCUUUCUCAUAAGUGGUGAGUGGAUUCUUUGGUAGCUAAUUCUGCUUUUUUCUGUGUCCAUUUCAUUAAAUAUUGUCCAGAAAUGCUCCAUAAUCCAUAACAACACACUAAAUAAUCUAAGAGUCAAUACUAAACUUAUAUUGCAAUGACUGCUGUUGUUGGCAUUCAAUAUGGAUAAUCAGUUGUUUUAUUAACCUACAUGUUGUUUUUAGGACAAAGAGUGUGUGUGUUAUUUGGACACAUUUAUGUGAUCUUUAUGGGAAAGAAAAAAAAAGUGAGAAAUUGAUCAUGAAAUUGGAAAUGUCUUUUUUUUUUUUUAACAAUCCAGCCUCUCUGAGCUGUUUUGAGUCUUUGCGUGUGGUUGCGUGUCCUCGCAGACAGGACCUGCUGUAUUUAUAGUGCUUUGGUCUCAUCCUUUAAGUGCUUGCUUGACCCUGUUACUAUUGUUGGCUACUAGUUACUCAUUGAAGCAUUGAUAUCACAUUGAAAACAUGGUCACAUGAUCAUAUCUGUGCAUCAGGAGACAACUGGGACUAACAUGUCAUAUAGUGCGGCUUAGGACACAUGGUUUUGUAUCUUAUGAGUUUAAUAUUUCUUUUUAAAAAAGUCACGUUUUUACAUCUACUUGAUGGUACUUUGAGCCGUCCAUAGUCAUAAAACAAGUCUGUGUUAUUCUGUGAUUUUUUUUUUUCACAUCACGACUUUAUUCCAGGUUUAAAGCCGGUUAUUUGUGUCUCUGCAGGUUCUCUUUUUACAUUUGGCGCAGGACCAGGCAACUCGACAAUCAUUGAAGCUAGCAUUUCCAUCAACACAAACUCAACUGUAUCUCUAAACGACACAAGAAGCAGCUCUGAAAUUACCAGCAGCAGAAGCACAACGACCACAACCUUUGCAACAAUCACUCCCAAUCCUGGAGUCAUGAGUAUGCCUAACUUUGUUGUAUUAUAGACUUAAAAUAGAGAAAUAGCAAUACUGUAAUCUUUCUCCCAUGAUUCACAAAGUUCUAGCUGUCAUUUCUUUAUAUUUACACAUCCAGACUGCUUCAAAUUUGAUUCAGAUUUUGUUAUUUUUGCCUCCAUAGGUUCCCUCUAUACACCAGGAGCAGAUUCAACAAUCACUGAACCCGAUAUUUCAAUCAACACACCGUCCACUGCUGCCCCGAACAGCUCUGAAACAACCAACAGGCAAAAAACAACGACCACAACAACCGCAAGGACUACAACUAACGUCGCUCUGGUUAAAAGUAAGUCACAGUGUGGUUUUGUUGGUCCAGAUUAAGACAGAAACCUAAGCUCGAAGUCAGCUAAUUUCCUGGAGACAAACACUUAAUCUAAGAUCUAAGUGUCCCCAUUGUAGCUUCUGAUCCAUUCUUGACUGCGGUGUUGCUUUGCCGGAUUUUUCCACACUGUAAGAUUUCCAUUGAGCUGCAGUGCAUGUGGACAGUGUGGCACUCCCUGAUAAUUGAUCCUCUUGGCAUGCGCAAGGGCAGCUAUUCUAAUGAAUUAAAGAUUAUGAGCAGCAUUCAUGAGCUCGAGGACAUUCACCCGAAGCACAGAAGCUGCACCUGCAGACAGUGUCGAAUUAUUAUGAUUAGGAUGUCAAAAAGCACCUUAAUGUGCCUAAAAGCGCUGGUUUCCAUCUCAGCGUUCCUCCUGUCUGGCUGCCAAAAUCACAUGGGAAGAGAGUGGGGUUGGUAGGCAGAUGCCUCAGGGACAACAGAGGGCUUUCACAGAGUCUGAAUGAAGGAGACAAUACAUGUAGGCUGCAAUCCAAAAGCCCAUUUACCGAUGGAAUGGAGUGUGUGACGAAGGCUGUAAUGCAGAUAUCUGUCUACAUACUCAUCCUCCUUCCCACCCUGAACACCACACUGUGCAUCUGUUUGGACUUCUGGGGAAACAGGGACUUUUGUUUUGACUCAGCUAUGUAGGAAUUUGUCUGACUGUACGGCUGACCUGCAAGAUAUGUCCUGUUUUUCCCCUGUUUAGUAGGAUAUCUUUGUUCUGAGGGUAAAAUAAGAUAGCAGCGAGAUAAAAAGGCUUAAUUUCUGUUCGAGAUCUGUGAACUCUCCCGAGACUUCGACACAAGCAGGCGGACAGAGGUUUUUGUUUGCGGUGUCUCACUGGGACUUCUUCUUGACUCUAAUUAUCCCUCCCAGGUACAGUGAGAGAUGUAAGCCAGUACAAAUCCACACGCAACUGGUAACAAAAGGCUGCAGUCUGGUGACGUGGGUGUCAGCUUUAGGAUGUAGUUCAUGUUGUUGUUGUUUCAGGUCUUCUCAGGCUUGAGCUAUUUUUAGAUUUAUGAUAUUCACCAGUAUCAAGUUUUGGAAUCGAGCUGGAAAUACUCGUAUUAUAUUUGAUAAUGUUAUUGAGGGUAGAAUUCAUGCCUUCAGUGCUCUUUAUGCUGUGUGGUUUUAUACCGUAAAACAGACGCAUUAUUGUGCCUUGUUAUAGAAAUGCCCACCCAACUGCAACUCUGAUCUUCAUCUCUCACAGAGUUUGUGGCAGCAGCUGUUCGGUCUCACUUUGACGACUGUCCGGACUCACACCGCCAUUUUUGCUUCCAUGGAACAUGCCGCUUCCUGAUAUUAGAGGAGACGCCUGCGUGUGUGUAAGUUGAUGCUGCUUCAAGGCCGACAUACAACUGCUGUUGAAUUUUUAAUCACUUUGGCUGUCUUUGAAUCCAUCUUUAUUUUAUUUGAAGAUCUGUUAGAAGUUUUCAGUUGGUUAUGACACAGCCUAAAAUUAAAAGUUAUGCCUUUACAUGAUCUAUACCAGUAAUAUUGACAAAAAGUAAUCGACCACUUCCAUAUUGUUACUUAUAAUACCUAUAAAUGCUGCAGUAGGGCAGGUGCAUGUACUGGAUGUAACACUUUGUCCCCACUUUGGCUGAUUCUGGGCUACAUCUUCUGUAAAAUACUGCCUGCCUUCCAAAUGGACAUUUCCAAAAAUGUAAAAUUAAUGUAGUCCAGUGAGGAGUCAAUUAUACUACCAAAAUAAGAACUUGUGUUUUCUUGAGUCUCCUGAACAUAACAUUUAGAGUCCCUGUGAGAAAUCGUUGUUGAAAAUCAAAGGCUUGUGUCUUUUUAUGAUCUGAAAAAGCAAACUUGUGUAUCACCAAAAUUAGAUAUUUAAUUGCUUUAACUGCUGGUAGACUGGAAGUGCCAGAACAAUCAAAGACAUUAUACUGUAGAAGCAUCCUUUUUUUUCUUUUCUUCAACAAGAAUUUACAUUUAGUCUUACAUGUACGGAAGAGGAUCAGAGCCACAUGAAGAGAAAAAAAAUAAUUACAGGAAGGAGAUUAAAGUCGAAAUUUUGAGAUUAAAAAAAUACGAUUUUGCUCUUGAAUUUGCUCCCCUCUUUCAGGUGUCACCCCGGCUUCGUUGGGAUGAGGUGCGAGCAUGCUGACCUGCUGGCUGUCGUAGCAACUAACCACAGACAGCAGACUGUCGCCACAGUGCUGGUGUUGUGUGUAAUCGGGUGUGUUCUUAUCAUGGUGCUGUGUACACUGCUACAGUAAGUCAUAACAAUCAUGUCCUUGUAUUUUACCCAAAGUGCUUAGCUGGUAAACUUCACAGAGCUUUGGAUGAAAAACAGAGCUGUACUUCAUCAAAGCAAUGAAUUUGACAAACAUGAUGUCAGGAGGAUGUUGAAUAGUUUUAUCUGUCUGGGUGCAGCUGCUGGUGGAGGCAGGACUGUCGCAGGCGGAGCCGCGCACAUCACUAUGCCACAGAGAAGCACGGAGCAUCCUUCUAUCCUUCUGAGAGUGGUAACCUUUUCAUCUCUCUUGUCUAACGAUUAUUUUAAGAUAGAAUUACUAUCAACUGAACAGUUUUUAAAUAUGCAAAUGUAUGAACUUGAGAUACAAGAGAGGAACACCACAAUUUACAACCCCAAAGACACUUGGGAUGUUGGAUAAAUUCUGAUGAAAACAGAUUUUCAUGGUUUGAUAAACAUUUAAAAACAUAUUUAAUUGAAAAUGUGCAUUGACAACAUUUGAAAAAAGCUGUGACAGGGACAACAAAACACUGAUGAAGCUGGUCAAUGCAAAAACAAAAAGUACAAGAAAAAGAAAAAGGUUUAAAGAAUUUGAGGGUUUCAUUGUCUACAGCAGAUAAUUUUAUGGAAAGACUCUGAGAAACUGGAGACAUUUCUGCACAUGGGGGACUAGUAGUUAGAUUGGAUUGAUUUUUGGGCCCCCUGAAUGACGCUGCAUUAAAAACAGACAUGACUCUGUAGUGGAAAACAAACAAUGCCACUGAUGUAUCUGACAUAAGAUGGACUGAGCUGAAGUGGAAAACUUCCCAUUGGUCUUACAAUCAAAAUUUGACAUCCUUUUUGGAAAUCAUGGACAUGUCCUUCACUCUCAAGAGGAGAGGAACAAGCGGGCACAGUUCAAAAAGCAGCAUCUGAGGAGUUUGUCCUGGUUUUGGAGCUUUUUAUGCUGCCAUUCAUAAACUACAGACAUGCAACAGCAUGGCUUCAUGGUAGAACAGUCUGGGGGGAAUGUAUGCAGUCCUGAUUGUUACCUAUUGAAAUCUUUGAUGCAUCAUGACACAGAAAAUACAACAAGAGAACAAGAGAGGCCCCAGCUGUUGAGCUGCUGAGAUCCUUUAUUGUAAAGAAGUAUGGACUUAUGUUUAACUUUCAAAAAGUUGCCCAAACGUUUCCAGAGGCCAAUGGAGAUGUGAAGCCACACAAUGAUAAACAUGAUUUUGUUGUUUUGAAAUGUAUUCCAUCAAAUUUAAAGUGAGCUUUAUUUUUUGUCGUGAAACAACCAAUUUGCAAACAGUCAAGUCCUGUUUCUACUAACAUUUUACACAAUGUCUCAACUCUUAUGGGAUUUGGUUUUUGAAUAUCUCAUAUAUAUUUAAAUGGCAGUAUGGAGAUCUAUAUUUACAGGUUAAACAUCUGACACAGACACAGGAGAUCUGAAAUUUAAAAAACAAACAAACAAAAAGCUUACUGCUCUUGGUCCCGCAGAUUUCAGCACAGUUAAACUCAAGUUGGAGAAAGUCUGAAUUGUUUGGGGCCUAUUUUCAGAAUCUCUGUUUACUAGUCUGUAUUUUUGUACAUGUGAGAUUGACCUGAAUCAAAGCUCGUGUUUUUGUGUUGACGAAGCUACAUGUCAUCAAAAUUGACGUGUAGCAAAGUUAUGUUUUAGUAUUAUGAUCUUUUUAAAGGAUUUGGGGGUUUUACUAAGAAUUGUUAUUGUUUUUCUUUUAGUGGUUUGAGAAGACAACUUGCUCGUGUGUGCAGCCUAGACCUUCAGGAUUGUCCAAAGUGGUAUUUACAAAUUCUGACUGAGCACAACAGACCUGCUUGACGCGAGAGGUCGAACAUUCAUGACUUCUCUUUCUCAGCGGCUGCAACUUCUUUCCUGCAGAGUCUUGGGAAUUAGCUCAACUGCUCUUGAACUCUGGGGGAAAAAACACACAGAACUGCAUCAGCGUGUCUGAAGCUCUGAGGAUGAAGCUGGUGCCAAAUCCUGCAUGGGGAGGAGCUGUGUGUUUCCUUAUUCUUGUUUAUGACCGGCCUAGAGGACAUAAGGAAUGAUCUACAAGGCCGCUCAUCACCCUGUGGUGGUUUUUGAACAGAAACGUUGUUUACUUGCGAUCAGCAGGGCAACGAUAAUUCAUUCGCUGACGUCAGACGACUCUGAUUCCUCUUCUUGUCUUUUAGUAAUGCUGCACAUUUUUCAUCAGAAUCACAGAAGACUUUUUUAAAGAACUUAGGGUGGGAAAACUGAUGCUUUAAAAACAUUUUAGUGUCUGUUUUUUUUAAGAAGGAACUCACUUCACUUGACCGGAGGAGGAAUUGUGAAAAGGACUGAAUGCGAAUCAGUAAUUACUCACAAAGUUUGCAUCUUCAAAUAUGAUGCGGAACAGGUAAGUUUGACUCCAGUAUCUUAUCGGAGUUAUGAUAUUUAUCAGUUUAUUAUGUUUUACUCCUGAGGUGAACUUGAAUGUGUUCAUGCAUCAGAGGAUUUUUUUUAUCAUGAUUAUUUUGUGAGCUAUAACUUAAAAAACACAUCCACACAAACACACUGGACGGCCAUGUGUUCCCAUGUGUCUGAAAAGUAGUCUUGCACUUUUGCUCACUGCUCUUAAAAGUUCACCUGCACUCGCGGUACACUGAAGUCACAUGGAAACUGUGUCCACCUAAUGAGAGAUGCCAAAUACACUUGUUUCUAACUUUGCCUGAAUGAGCACUAAAGGGGAGAGGCACGCGGUUCACAUACACAUUCACUGAAGCGUGCAUGCACUUAAAUCACAGUUUAUACUUUUUAUAGAAAAAUACUUUUUUAUUUCAUGCUUUUUGGGUUAUAGCAUUGCCUCUGUGUUAAAUUUGAACACGUUUUUAAGGGAGAAAAGCCUCAGUGAGCAAAUUUAAAUCUAAAUAUUUAAGGUUUGUCUAUAUAACUCGGAUAAUAACUGGUGAAGGAAUUCAAAAUAUCCACUAAAAAUUGACUAUAGAGUGUGUUUGCUAUUCUUGUGAUAGGAUGGGACUUCCUUCAAAAUGAAUGUGAUGGUAUUUUUAUGCCAAAAGACUCUGUGGGUAUGAAAUGCUUGUUUUUGUUUACAGUAGGUGAUAAUAUUUACAAUAAGCAUAUGUGUAAAUGUUUGUUUUUACAACAUUGGUAUGCAAAUAUUAAAACCACACAGGGAUAUUCAGUGUAAAUAUUCAGUAUGUACAAAGUCAAUACAUAAAUUGCCUCCAAAGGGGAGUCUUUCGUGUACUGACCUCUGUUAUACGCGUUUGUUUUCCGAUAAAUUAAAAAUGCAAGUGUGUGAAUGUAUGUGCUCAUUAUUAA